AUGGCGGAGAAAGGAAACAAUAACUCACUGGAAGGCCGGAGCAAAGGACGUCAGAAGCUAUGGCAGAGCAAGCAACAAAAGAAAGAGUUGGUUGAUCUCAGGGCUCUCCUCGUCCAUUGCGCACAAGCUAUAGCAUUAGAAAACCACCUGUUGGCCAGUGAAGUCCUAAAGAAGAUAAGACAACACUCCUCAGCAGAUGGUGAUUGUACUCAGAGACUGGCAUUUUACUUGGCGGAUGGCCUUGAGGCACGUUUGGCUGGGAUCGGGGGUCAGGUUUAUCGCAACCUCAUGGAGAGGCGAACAAGUACCACAGAAUGGUUAGAGGCUUACAGCGUUUUUAUUGCAUCUUGCCCUUUUGUCAAGACGUCAUACUACUUUGCCAGCCAAGCUAUUCUUGAUGUCUCAAAAGGGCAACCAAGGGUGCACAUUGUUGAUUUUGGCAUCGACUUUGGCUUUCAAUGGCCACUAAUGAUUCAGAGAUUUGCACAGCAAGAAGAGGGAGCCCCUAAGCUUCGGAUCACAGGUAUAGACGUUUGCCAGCCAGGUUUCCGCCCCUGCGAAAUGAUCGAGGAGACAGGGAAGCGGUUGGCUGAUUAUGCAAACAUGUUCAAGGUACCUUUUCAGUAUCAGGGCAUUGCCACUUCAAGAUGGGACACCAUUAAAAUUGACGAUCUUAACAUUGACGAGGAUGAAGUUCUCAUAAUUAACUGCAUAUUCCGGAUGAAGAAUCUUGGUCAUGAAACCGAUGGCAUAUAUAGUGCAAGAGAUGAGGUGCUGAAAACUAUGAGGAGGAUGAACCCAAAGGUUUUCAUUUCUGUCACUGUGAAUGGGUUAAAUAAUUCUCCCUUCUUCAUACAACUAUUCAAAGAGGCUAUGCUCCAUUACUCUUCACUGUUUGACAUGCUUGAUGCAAAUGUUCCACUGGAUAAUGAAGCAAGAAAGAUGAUUGAGAGGACCCCAUUUGGGCAGGAUGCACUUAACAUAAUAGCAUGUGAGGAUGCAGAAAGGACUCAGAGGCCAGAAAGUUACAGGCAGUGGCAAGCAAGGUGCCUCAAGGCUGGAUUCCAGCAGCUUCCUGUCGGUCAAGCCAUCUUAAAGAACAUAGUACACAUGAAGAACCUACACUAUCAUGACGAAUUCUUUGCUGUUGAAGACUGCGGCUGGCUGCUACAAGGAUGGAAAGGGAGAGUAAUUUAUGCUAUAUAUAUCCAAAUGGAAACCUGA